AUGAUCUUGGAUGCUUUCAUGAGCAAAUUCUCUACUUUGCUAGCUGAUCUUGUCCACGAAGAGGUGAUCAUGCAGCUAGGUGUCAAGGAUGAGCUUCAAACACUACGUUGUCGGAUGAAGAGCAUCCAAUGCCUUCUGGAAGAUGCUGAAAGGAAAAAGUUUAAUGAGUCAUCAUCCACCAAACUCUGGCUUUCUGAGCUUAAGGAUGUCAUGUACGAUGCCGAAGAUAUCAUUGACCUAUGUAGAAUCAAGGGCACUCAGCUGCUCGCUGAUCAAAAUCUUCAAUCUAGAACUUCUUCGAUACGUGGAUAUUUCUCAUCUGCAAUCUCCUGUUGCGCGAGUGUUACUUUCCGUCAUGAGAUUGGAAACAAAAUUAAGGAUAUUAAUAAAAGACUCGAGCAUAUAUAUGAAGAUAGGAAACAUUAUAAACUUGCGAAAUCCAUGAUAUCCAAAACCCCACAAUUUACUCUACCUGAUUCUCGUAAAACUUCUUCCUUGGUUGAUUCUUAUGUUGUGGGAAGAGAGAUUGAGGAUGUAGCAAAUAGUUUGGUUGAUUGUUUGAUGGGGGAGAAGGUUGAUGAAAAAUGCUCUGUUAUUGUUGUUACCGGCAUGGGCGGGAUAGGGAAGAAAACUCUGGCUAAAAAAAUUUUUAACCAUCCAAAAAUUCAAAUCUAUUUCAAUAAAAAGGUGUGGGUUUGUGUUUCAGAAACUUAUGUUGAAAUUGAGUUAUUGAAGCAAGUAAUAAGAGAGGUAAACGGGAACUAUGGAGAUGUUAAUACUAAAGCAGAGCUAGAACUCAUUCUUAGAGAUUCUAUUGCUUUAGUUCACAACCUUUUUCUUGUUUUAGAUGAUGUUUGGAGGGGGAAUGUGACGACCCCAAUAUCCGUGUAG